AUGCGACCAUUACCACGUCCUCAAAGUGUUGAACCAUUUUUUCAAACACAUCAAAUACCAAUACUGGAGAACGAUGAAGAUGAACAUCUACCGACGGCGGCAUAUGCACAUGUGAAAAAAAAAUCUGAACGACCACCAAUUACACCGCCACGAACACCACAGACAUCAACCAUACGUGAAGUCAAACCGAAACGGCCACCACCACCGGCUGACUAUGCUAAUCUUCCACCUGAACCACCAGCUCGACCGGCAGUACAUCGAGAAACGUCGUCAACUAUGAAUCCUGAUGAUGCUCUUCUUGCAGCUAUUCGUCUAGCAACAGAUCUUGAUCCGAAUAAACAAGCUGAGCAAAUCGUUAUGGCUAAUAGCUAA